UGACUCAUGGCAGUAUGCUGCGCGAGCUGUUUCUUAAUUUUAACCGUGGAUUCGAAAUGUUUCGAUUCUUUUUUUAAAGCAAUAUGAAGGGCUUUAAACCACAUGUGUAUUUACAAAUAUAACGUUUUAUGUAAUGUAUGUAUAAAGACUUUUUCUUACGGAAAACACAAAAACUACACUACCCAUGAUUCAGCGUGCCAUGUGUACUCGGGGUCAAAGGGCGGUUGAAAUAAGCAACGCGAGCUCCUUCGAUUUGAUCAUGGCAUCAGACGGACUAGGAGGACCACCAGAGGAGCAGGGAGAGGAGGGGACCCACCUGACAGAAACACCCAGUGAGGCGGCAGGGGUUCCUCCUAACUGUGGCAAAGACACCCCAAGAGCCUCAACAGAUUCAGCAGAGCCAGAGGAGAACAGAGUCGAGGUGUGCCAAUUUUUCCUGAGGGGGAAGUGUCAUUUUGGCCCCAGAUGUCGUUUCUCCCACAGUAACCCAUCAGGAGAUGAUACGGGGGCUGGGUCAGCUGACCAGGAUGACAAACAGGAAGGAGAUAAGACGGAAAAACACAAGAAAAAAGUGAACAAAACAAGAACGCCCAAAUACGAGGCAAAAGAGGUGAACAAAAAGCCUCGCAUGCGCACAGCUGAUGACGUUAUCUCUCGGAUCCUGUGGGACCAGUCGGUGGAUGGAUCAGAAUACGUUGUUGGGUACGUGGACCGUUUCCUGGGUGUGCUGGAGCGUCCCUUCAAUGACUUCAACUGGGACACAGACCCCUGCGACUGUGAUUACACCACCGAGCUGGCCCUGCCCCGACACAGGAUCCAGUACUUCACCUACAGAGGGCAACGCGUCUGGGACCGCCACAGCAGGACCGACCGGGUGUUCGGCUCCACCGGUCAAUCUCUGGCUCCCCCCUUUGGAGGGGUGGAGGAAGUAAAGGAAAUGAACACAGAGGAGCAGCAGCCGCCUGCUGUCAGUGAGCUCCUGCAGGAUGAGUGUGACACAGAGGAGUGUACUCAAACUGAGAGCACUCAUCAGGAGGAAGAGGAGCAAAGUGUGAUGAAUAUUCACAGCCCUGCUCAAACACAAGCAGCCCCAGAGUGUGGAGGGAACACUUCUCCAGGAGAGGAGGAACCUCGUGAUUUGGAGGAGGCUGCAAUGAGACCUGAGGCUUCGUCAGACCCAACAUCCUCAUCCCAAAAAGACGGAGCAGACGGACAAGAGGAGAGUAAGGAAGGGAAUUUCUCAGACUGGCAGGAAAGCUGGGACGGCAAAGAAGGUGCUUCGAAAGCAGCCCCUCUGGAGCAACGAGAGCCGAAGAAUGAUGGUCGCCCCCCUAAAAAAAAGCCCACGCACUUCAUCACCUUCAGGGCCAACACUCCGGCCAUCCUGUCCUGCUUCCAGCAGCUGCAGGAGGAGCUCACCUCCAUCCUGCCCUCCUCAGCCCCUCACUGGCACUCGGCCAACACGCUUCAUGUCACAAUGUGCCUUCUGAAUUUGCCUGGCCCAGCCGAGGUAGCCACCGCUGCGGAGAUCCUCAGAAGGUUUGCCCAUUUCGAUCGGAACCCGCCGGUGGCUCUGACCUUCCCCGUGAGGCUGAAGCACUUCAACGGGAAGGUGCUGUACCUCAGCCCCCAGCCUCAGAUCCACCUUCAGCAGCUGAACAGCGGCCUGCAGGAGGCCUACAGGGAGGAGGGGCUGCUCCAUAAGGACUCUUACAAUCCACGAUACCACCUCACACUGGCCAAGGUAGUGGGCAAGGAAGGAGAGAGGGUGUUUGAUCGGGUGGGGGACCUGAAGGUGGGGAAGGGUUUAAAUUUCGGCCGUCUGCCAGUAAACACCCUACACCUGUGUGCCAUGGGCAUUUCAGAAGGAGAUGAUUUUUAUGAGACUGUGUGCACAGUGAGUCUUCGAUGAUAUAACACACACACACUAAAUACAGGUGGGUCAAACACCUCUAUCCAUGUGGCCUUAUCAACCAAAUCUCAUGUCUGUGUUUUAAGUUUGAUAUUCUGGUGAAGGACUUAUUUAUAUAAAGGGCUAAAGGGAGUCAAUUAAUGUGGCUGAAUGAUAAACACUUUGUUCAAUUAAGUUCACCUUUAUUAAGAUGCACAAAAUAUAUGAAGGUUCAACUACUCUUUAAUAAUAUGAUUUAAAUAUAUGUAUUUUACUGAAUGAAUGCAUUUUAAUACACUAAGGGCCUAUGUCUCGUAUAUUUGCUAUUAAUAUUUCAAGAGGAGAAAUGAAUGUAGCCUGCACAGAAUAAUAAUAAUACAUGUUCAUAUUGCAAGCUGAUGCAAUACCUCCGGAUCUGGCUGAAAGCACAAGUGUUUACUUUCCGUCGCUAAACAGAAGAAUAUUAACCCUAAAGUUGCAUUUAUUUUAUGCUGUUUUUCAUGUCAUCAUUUAGAGUUGCAUCUUUGCUUGUUGGCUUCAGGUGAUCAAAACAAAGUACACUAAAAUGUAAAAAAAAAGUUCAUUUAACUUUAAAACGACAUGCUGCUUUAAUUUCUGGUAUAUUAUACGAGUACAAAGUGCUUUUUGAAUGCUGCUUGAAAUACAGAGGUAUUUUGAAGUCAUCACCCUAGACUGUGGGAAAUUGUGUUGGCCUCUUAAACAUUUAUUUUAAAAUAUUUUCUAAUGAACAUUUACCAACAACAAUUGGUAAGUUAAUAAGAUUAGUUGACAAUCAAAAUAGACAUGAGUAUGCAGCAUUAGUCGAAGAGAAACACAGUGUGAAUGUCUGAACAGUUUAAGUUUAGGCCCUGAAGGAGACACGUGGUUUUGAAUCUGCUUUGAGACGUUAAACUCAUGGGACAAACAGAUAAGAACUUCUUUAAAAUAUAAAAUGGCUAAGUAGAAUGUACAUUCCUUUCUCCUCAAACUAUUACCUGGUGAAACAAAUCGGGGGGGGGGGGGGGGGGGUGUUUCGGGGGCCUCUACGCUGUUUAUUUUACACAGACGUAUGCAUCUGCCAUGAAGGUUUAUCUAUGAGGCAUGAAUUGUUUACGAGGGGAAGAGAUGAUGUUUUCUUUACAGCUAUGAAUUAACCCGAGUAGUUUUACUCUCCUGCUCAUAAUUCCACAAUUUUAUCUGUGUUGUAUGAAUAUUGUAUGGACGCUGUUCCCCUAGAACGAUGACUUUUACAAUGACUUAUAACCGUUAGAUUGUGAAGGACAUUAAAUAUUGAAUUGGUUAUUUUAAA